CCACCGGACGACUGGUCAGACCUGAACAGACGCACGGACAGACCACAGCAUUCCCUGUCUGCUCCCCUGAAGCACCUCCUCACCUCUCCUCCUCACCUGAAGCACCUCCUCACCUGAAGCACCUCCUCACCUCUCCUCUUCACCUGCUCCUCCUCACCUGCUCCUCCUCAGCUCUCCUCCUCCACCUCCUCAUCAUGCUGGGAGCGUUGCUGGUGCUACUGGGAACCACAGCCUGCCUUGCUCAGGACCUCUGCACGAAUGAGACGUCUGAAGGCUUCAAGGUCCGACUCAGCAUCAAAACCGCCCUGGGACAGCAAGCUUAUGUCUGGAAUGAGAGCGAGAUGUUUCUGUUCCGGGCCACUCUGGCCUUCGCCAUGAGACAACACUUCAAGAACAACCAGUACAAUGUGUCCAGCAUCCUGGUGUGUAACGAGACCCAGCGGGUGUCCUUCCACUUCGUGGUCCUGGACCCCUCGGACUCCACUCAGCUGAUUCAGAAGACGGCGGUGGAGGCGGCAGUGAGGAAGUCCAGACAUCGCAUCAACAGCGCCUUCCUGCUGAGCGACAGCACGCUGGAGUUCCUGCAGAUCCCGCCCACCCUGGCCACGCCCUACAGCCCGGCCACGCCCCCCUGGCUCAUCGCGUUCGGCGUGGUGAUCGGCGCGGUGUGCGCCGGGAUCAUUGUGAUGCUGGUGUCCUCGCUGCUGGGGAGGGGACGUCCGAAGAAGGGGAAGGGCGAGGACGAGGACGAAGAGGAGGGCGGCGGGGUCGGCCAGAACGGCAUCGCGUGCGACCCGCUGGACGGCGCGUGCAACAGGGGCUUCUCCGACGACGACCGCCUCACCCAGAUGUAGCCCUCGGCCGGUGUGAAUAUUCACUCCAGCAGAACACUGCUGGUGUGAAUGACAGCCACCCUGAGUCCUGUCAAUAACAGCCAUCCUGAGACCUGUCAAUCACAGACAUCCUGAGACCUGUCAAUGACAGCCAUCCUGAGACCUGUCAAUCACAGCCAUCCUGAGACCUGUCAAUAACAGCCAUCCUGAGACCUGUCAAUCACAGACAUCCUGAGACCUGUCAAUCACAGCCACCCUUCAAUUACUGUUCCACAAGUAUUGUAAUGAUGAAUUAAGUGUAAUGAACUAUAUUAAUUUAUGUAGUCUGUAACCCAGGGUGGGGUCAGCCAGUCUAAAUCAGCAGUUUAAACCUUUCGCUGCCCCCAUGAAUAACACAAUGCAACUGCGCCCCUCAAUGUGUGCAUACAGAGAGGGGCCAAUAGCAGUGAUAUUACAGCACAGAAAAUAGGAAAAUCACUUUCUGAAAAGGAUAUUCAAUAUUAAAUGUACAAUACUUGUUUUACUUGUAGACUGGUUUUUUCAUUGUAAAGAAAUUAAAUAAUAAACAGCAUUCCUAUUU